AUGGACGAAGCCCGGCCCCCGCCACAGCAGCUCACCGAGCACGAGGCAGCAAACUGGAAGACGCUGGAUGAAAUACCUGAGCGAAGAGUAGAGCUCCAGCGCUAUGUGAACCGCAAGAUCCUACCCAAGAAACCAGAGGAUUUGACCAUCGAAGACAGAUUCAUCUUGAUUCGGCACCUGAUCCUGUAUGGAAGCGACUCGGAGGAGAAAAGGAAGAAAGAGGAAGACGACGAACGAACAAAGAGAGCAAAAACGGACAUGCACGAUCUCGUUCUGCGUAUCAUGAACCAUUACUUUGCCAUCGUCCGCUCGACAAAGGCUGUUUACCUGGAAACGAUCUACUCGAGAGACGAGAACGGGCAGCUUCAGCCCGAAGAGACCAUCCACCGGUCCGGCCGCGACUUUUCAGAGGUCUGCAGGAAUUUUCAACUCCAGAGCCUACCUGGAAAAAGCAAGGAGGUUGCCAGAUUCUGGGAGAGCAGUCCUAAACGCCGGGAAUACGAUCGAAUCGUGUUCGAGCCGGACCCGUCAAAGGGGUCCUCACGACAUUUGAAUCUGUUCUCUGACCUGAAAUUCAAACCGCUCGACCGCAGAUUGACGGAGUCGGAGCUCGUGGAGUGCGAGGAACAGAUGCCAAAGCUCAUGUGGCACCUCCGAGACAUCUUGUGCGAUGGCUCAAAGGAGCGGUUCGACUACAACCUUCGUUGGAUGGCGCACGCCGUUCAGAAGCCUUGGAGGAAGAUUGGUGUGGCUCUUGUGUUCCGCUCUGGGCAAGGUUGGGGCGGAGCGUACCGGAUGAAUGAUCGGAUUAAGUCCCUAAUCACUCAGGAGACGACGUGUAUGGAGCGCAAAGGCCAAGACCCUAUCAGCGUGGAUGACAAGAGCAAUAUCGUCUUCACGACUAAUAAUUUUUGGCCCGUCAAAAGGGAGGCAGACGAUCGCCGAUACUCUUGCCAGCAAGUCUCGGAUGCCAAGAUGGGAGACAAGCAAUACUUUGAUGAGCUCGUGGAGGAGUUGGAGAAACCCGAGACCGCAUAUCACCUCCAUCGAUAUCUAUCAUCCAUUGAUAUAUUCAAUUGGAAUCCUCAAAAGAUACCAGUCACAACUUGGGGGGAAGGCCUUAAAGAACACUCCAUUCCACCCCACGUCAAUAUGAUGCAAGCGCUCCUCGAGAACGGGUGCUUUCACCCUUCUUUGGUGACGUGGGUAGCAUCGACAGACAUCAAGCGGACUUAUGACACGUUCCUGCAUCAGAUGGACAUCAAAGAAGACCGCCAUACCGACGUCAACGUCUUGAUGCGCUCUCUGAAUGCCGUUUUCAGUAUGCGACCGCAGGCACGCUCCAUUCAGGGGGUUCGAACCCAUAAGGGAUGGUGGUUUGCCACACAGGGCGCUAUCUGCGGGGCUCUCCAUAAAGGCAAGCUUCUGAGCUCCACCGUGAAGUGGGUGGACACGUGGCAACGGCUCGACUAUACCGAAGAAGAAGAAGGGCCAUGGUUGACAGAUCCAAAAGCUCCUGAGAACCUGAUCGAUGCUCCAAAAGAGUUGCGACAGUCCGCCGCAAAGCAAAAGUGCUCGUUUUGCUCGAACCGUCAUGUGUGA